AUGUUGUUAGCUAAUUUGAGUAACCCUAGAUUAGGGCUUCAAUCAAUUGGGAUUUUGUCACUCUAUGAUAAUAAUCUAUCUAGUUAUGUGAUUAUGGCUUAUGAGAGUGGUUAUCCUGAAUAUGGGAAUAUCUUGAGAUUUCUGAAAUUGAAUAGUGAUGGUAAUUUGAGGAUUUACAGUUCUAGCAAAGGAAGUGGGACUUGCACUGUGAGAUGGACUAAUGUUAAUAAUCAAUGUCAAGUAUUUGGGUAUUGUGGUCAUAUGGGUAUUUGUAGUUACAAUGAUACCAGCCCGGUUUGCGGGUGCCCAUCUGAAAAUUUCGACCCGGUUGACCCGAAUGACAGUAACAAAGGGUGUAAGUUGAAGAGGGAGAUUAGGGAUUGUCCUGGGAGUGUAGCAAUGUUGCAGAUGGAUCAUACUAAGUUCUUAACUUACCCACCUGAAAAUCUGAAUGAUGUUUACUUUGUGGGUAUUUUUCUUAGUGAGGUCAACAAAUAG